CCGCAGCGCCCUGUUGUUGUCGCUAGCAACAAAAACAAUUUGCUGGGAAUUGCAAGUCAAUUGAGAGAGUCAACGUUAAUUGUAUUUAUUAAGUUUAAGCGUUUAGACUAGAAGGCAAUACUCAACGGGACGACGAAAUGCAAAGCGUACUCAAUACCGUAAAAGGCACGGCGCUCAAUGUGGCCGAAUAUCUAACGCCCGUACUGAAGGAAUCCAAAUUCCGUGAGACAGGCGUCCUGACACCCGAGGAGUUUGUGGCCGCCGGCGAUCACUUGGUGCAUCAUUGCCCCACCUGGCAAUGGGCGGCCGGAGAUGAGACCAAGACGAAACCUUACCUACCAAAGGAUAAGCAAUUCCUGAUAACGCGCAAUGUGCCCUGCUAUCGACGCUGUAAGCAGAUGGAAUACGUUGGCGAGGAGACCCUGGUGGAGGAGGAGUCUGGCGAUGGCGGUUGGGUUGAGACCCACCAGCUCAAUGAUGACGGCACCACCCAGCUGGAGGAUAAAAUCUGUGAACUGACAAUGGAGGAGACGAAGGAUGAAAUGCACACUCCAGAUAGCGAUAAAUCUGCACCAGGCACUGCACCUGGAGCCGAAGAUGAGGACGAGGAUGAUGACGAGGCCAUAGACAUGGAUGAUUUCGAGGAGAGCGGCAUGCUGGAGCUAGUCGAUCCAGCCGUGGCUACAACCACUCGAAAACCCGAGGUGGAACCAAAGGCAGCUGGCACAUCAGCGGGAGCAACGGCGGGUGGCGAAGCCAGCGGUGGCGGUGACUCGGCCGUGCUCCAUACGCGCACCUACGACCUGCACAUCAGCUACGACAAGUACUAUCAGACGCCACGCCUCUGGGUGGUGGGGUACGAUGAGCAGCGCAAACCCCUGACCGUGGAGCAGAUGUACGAGGAUGUAUCCCAGGAUCAUGCCAAGAAGACGGUGACCAUGGAGUCGCAUCCGCAUCUCCCGGGACCCAAUAUGGCCUCGGUGCAUCCGUGUCGCCAUGCGGACAUCAUGAAGAAGAUCAUACAGACGGUGGAGGAGGGCGGCGGCCAGCUGGGCGUGCAUUUAUAUUUGAUAAUAUUCCUGAAAUUCGUUCAGACCGUUAUCCCAACCAUCGAAUACGACUUUACGCAAAACUUUAACAUGUCUUAAUUUAAAAAUUUAACUAGUAGCGCUUGUGUCUCUGCAAAUAAAGUGCUUCGGCUUAAAAAGAAA